AUGAGUUUGCCCAACAGCGACGAGAUCCUCCAGCAAAACCUUGAUCCUGUUGAACACGGGGUUGUGGAGGAGUUGAAAACCUGGCUGGAUGCGAAUUUACACGCGGAAUGGAAGCAGUCUCCUCGGUUCAAACUUGUAGAGCAAUGUUCGGAAAUUAAAUUACGGGAAAUUCUCCAGCAGCUCGCGCAGAACUCCAGCGUCGCUCUUUUUCGGUCAUCACACUCAGGCUGGGAGCUGAAAGAAGGAGAACUCAUUCCCAUAUCUCACAGUCAAGACUGUACUAUUAGAUACGAAGACCGAACGUAUCCUCUAGCAAAUGGAACAAAGAUGUGCAUAUCAAAGAAAGUUCGGGUGGGGAUUCCUGAGGGAAAUAUUUUGUAUCUAGUAUGGAAGGUUAAGAACUCGAGUCGCUGA